GCGCGCGCGCGCGCCGGCAGUUCGGCCACGUCCCUGGCCACGUCGCGCCCGCUCUCGCCAUCUUUCGCCGCUUCCUCUUCGGGGCUGCUGCAGCUGCCUGAGCCGCCGAGCCUGGGGCCACCGCGCCGACCGCCGUCGCCAUGAACAUCUUCCGGCUGACCGGGGACCUGUCCCACCUGGCGGCCAUCGUCAUCCUGCUGCUGAAGAUCUGGAAGACGCGCUCCUGCGCGGGUAUUUCUGGGAAAAGCCAGCUUCUGUUUGCACUGGUCUUCACAACACGUUACCUGGAUCUUUUUACUUCAUUUAUUUCAUUAUAUAACACGUCUAUGAAGCUCAUCUACAUUGCCUGCUCCUAUGCCACCGUGUACCUGAUCUACAUGAAAUUUAAGGCAACCUACGACGGAAAUCAUGAUACCUUCCGAGUGGAGUUUCUGGUGGUCCCUGUGGGAGGCCUCUCGUUUCUAGUCAAUCACGAUUUCUCUCCUCUUGAGAUUCUGUGGACCUUCUCCAUCUACCUUGAGUCCGUGGCUAUCCUGCCACAGCUCUUCAUGAUCAGCAAGACGGGGGAGGCGGAGACCAUCACCACCCACUACCUGUUCUUCCUGGGCCUCUACCGCGCCUUGUACCUCGUCAACUGGAUCUGGCGCUUCUACUUCGAGGGCUUCUUCGACCUCAUUGCCGUGGUGGCCGGCGUUGUCCAGACCAUCCUGUACUGCGACUUCUUCUACUUGUACAUCACAAAAGUCCUCAAGGGGAAGAAGCUCAGUCUGCCAGCCUAAGUGCCAAAGACCAUCACCAGCAUCUGCCCUUCAGGUGCUCGGACAGGAUUCUUACCACAGCAGAGGCACAAGAUGCUUGACACGGAACAUCAGAAACGCCACUCUUCUGUUGCAGAUGGUCACCGUGGCUCUGUGCGAACCCAGAGGGAAAGAACCAGAAGGUUUCUGUUUAAUGCAUCUUGCCUUAUCUUUUUUUAUUACUAUGUACAAAGAUUUUUUUACACAAAGAAACUUAAUGCUGUAUUAAUAAAUUCAGUGUGUAGCUUCAAUUGGGGUAGUUGCAAAAGUGAAGGUUUCGUGAGGAAUAAGUGCAAACUUUUUUUUUUUUUUUUUUAAUUCUUGGAAAUUCUUGAUUCUUUGUGUCUGCAAUGAAAUUGUACUCCUUGACAGUUGGUAGAUCAUAUAUUCCUCCAUCGCUCAGACUCGCAUUCCACUCUAUUUAUUUUUUUGCCAAAAGACAAGGUAUCUUUGAAAUUCGAGACACUACGUCCCAUUCGAUGCAGUUGUUCCCAGGUCUUCCACCUGAUGUGGAAAGCCUUCCUUGGACGUCACAGCACUACAGUUCAGCCUGCUAAGGAUGGCUUGCAAGUCUCCAGGUUUUCAUUACCAACCCCUUAGGCUUCUGAAUGUAGGUGGAGUCUCACGUAGGGGUCACCAAAGGUGUCUGCUGUCCUCCGCUGCCUAGAAGCAUCGGUUUGAGACUGUCCCAAGGGUGUCGGGGAUUCGGUGACAGGGGCCCUGGGCUGCUUGCCGUCUGAGCGUGGGCUGCGAGAGACAUUCCUGAUUUUGCAUCUUGGACUCCUCUAAGGAAUGGAACACAAGUAGUUACCUGUCACUUUAACAUUUCCCAUUCCAGAAGAUUCCUACAACCAUGUCCAUGCUCAGAUUCGAAUGUUGUUGACUAGCCACACUGUGGAUAGCAAAAUGAUUGACCUUUUAAAAAACUGGCAGCCGCACUUGCCAUUCUUUUUACUCUGACUUUUGUUUUUAUUUUUUGUUUUGUUUUUACUGAGCUCUUGCAUGAUUUAUCUUGUGUUACCAUCCUAAAUAAAUGUUUUAUUAAACAUAGAAUAAACUGUCUUUUUUUUAAUGAAUCAGGCUUUUGGAACAGCCUGUGUUAGGAUGGCUGUUUUGGAUUUUCAGUUGGCAACAAAAGCUCUCCCUGGGGCUGCAAACGUUUGCUCUCCACUUAAUAAUCUAAAACUUUUUGUAACUUUUGUAAGAAUUGGAAUUUCCCUCCUUAUUUUGCUGUCAUAUCAAUUUGCUGCAUUUUUUUUUUAUUUCUGUGAAAACCGUAGACUUUGUUUUUAUGUGAUGCCCCGUAAAUGUUAAAGUGUUGAAUACUAACAGUGUUUAUUCCAAGAAGAAAGAUGUAGUAGUUUUGCUUGCCACAUUAAAGUAUCUUGUGGAGGAAGGGAGCUGGAUGGGGUUUAUUUUGAUCAGUGUGUCUCUUAAUAGCUUUCUAAAUAGGUGGUGUCACUGCACAGCUUAACCUGCUGUCUUCCUCGCUCUCAUCUUGCUCUCCCUCCCCGCCCGGCCUCACACCUUUGCUUUUGGGUAUCAGGGUGUCUUUCCAGCAUCCCAGCCUUGGUUUAGUCUGUGUUUUUAUCCUCUUUGGAAGAUGUCGAUAGCGUGAAGGAAGGGUGAGAAAUCCUGUCCUAAGGGGAGCAGACUCCUUGCUGCCCAAACUGGAGGUGGGUAGGGGGCUCACACCUGCUCUUGUGCCUGUACAUAACACGCAAGCUGGCAUCGGUCCUUGGAGAGGACAGUGCACAGAGCACGCCACCUGAUGUAUGAAGCGCCAGUGCCUCCGUCAGUCAUUCUGCCCAAGUGAAAAUAAAGUGGACUCGGCCGUUGCCACCACCAGGGUGACCUCCUCAGAGGUGCCCGAGGGGAGCGCGGGACUGGGGCAGCGGCGGCGGCAGCCUCCCCGCACACGCUGGAAGCAGAGGCACUGUGUGAUGCGCCUCACGAAGCACUGUUUCAGAAUUGCUCUCACUUCCUGAAUAAAGGUUAUCAGGUAAUUCAU